AGCAAAAGAGGACAAUGACGAUUUGCGCUCUUUGCAACUAUAUCGCCUUCUUGGCGCUCAGCUUUAUCGCUUUAACCUACGCGGGCAGGAUUUCCCUAGAUGAACUCGAAACCAUAAGCGGUGGUGAGGGCAUAAAUGGACGCAUCGUUGGCGGCAAAGUAGUUGACAUAAGAAAACAUCCACAUCAGAUCAGCUUGCGACAAAGACCUAAAUACUCUGAAGACCAGUCAACAUAUGCACACAACUGCGGCGGCACCAUCUAUACGGAUCGUAUUGUGAUCACAGCAGGACAUUGUUUGUAUGACAGAGUGAAGGAGCAACUAAUGGUGGUGGCAGGCGCAAAUGAACGUAGCAGCGUUGAUGGUGCAAUAUCACCCGUACAGGAGAUCAUAAUGCAUGAGGAAUACAAUGACGAUUAUUCCUACAAUGACAUUGCUUUGUUAGUGCUUACUACACCGUUGCCAAUCAAUAAUGUCACCAUUAAAGCAGCGACCUUGACGGAGGUGCAGCCGCAACAUGGUGAUAUAGCUACGAUAACCGGUUGGGGUACACUCUCAUCAGGUGGUUCCUUACCUGAUUUGUUGCAGGAAGUGCAAGUGCCGAUUGUGAGCAAUGAAAUUUGUAGUCAACGUUAUCCACGUCGAAUUACAGAUGCAAUGAUCUGUGCGGGCAUACUGGAUGUGGGCGGCAAGGAUGCCUGUCAAAUGGAUUCGGGUGGUCCUCUUCUGAUCCAUGGCCAAUUGGCUGGUGUGGUGUCUUUUGGAAGCGGCUGUGCGCUGCCUCAAUAUCCAGGUGUUUACGCGAACGUGUGGUAUUUUUCGACGUGGAUCCGGGAAAAAGCUGCGCAGGUGGAGGCAAAGUUAUUAAGAGAGAAUUAAAGAAAUACUAUGGAUUUGGUGUUCAAAACUUUUUAUAAUAAU